GGCCACCACUAACGAAGUGCAUUAUUUUCUGAUAAGAGCAAUUGCAUUUCCUUGUUACGAAAAAAGCUGUUAUUUUUCAUGUUUAUGUUUAUUUAAAAUUUCAAAACGAAUUUUUGUGUGUUCCUAACACCACAAUAAAGUAUACAAAUUUAUAUAAAAAAAGAAGCUUCUUAAAUAAUGAGUUUAGAUGACGUGAUUUAUGUUAUUUGCCUACUUGGCUGCAUCGGUGCCGGGCAUUACGUCAAAAAGAUAAAUGAUGAAACUACACGAAAGUUUAUUAGCACCGGUCUGGGUUUAUUGGUGGUGUUUAUAGCUUCGGGCAUACAUGCCUUGCAUUGUAUUAUAUCGACAACGAUUGGAUCGUUAGCUGUAAUCCACAUACAUCCAAGAAAUGGACAUUUGAUUACAUUUUGUAUAAUGUUCGGUUAUUUGAUAUUCUUCCGUUUGGCACAUAUCUUUGGUUUGCCAAAUUAUCCUGGUCACACCAAUAUGAUACAGAUGGUACUUACUUUAAAGGUUUCUGGCGUGGCAUUUGAAAAAACCGAUGCUUGGAAAAAGUUGCAGAAACGUGAAAAGGAAAUUGCCGAGCGACAGAAUAAUGAAGGUGCAAAAACAGCUGAGCCGCUUGUCGAAAUAACCGAUUAUGAUGUAGAGCUGCAAAAUAUAGGAUUUCUUGAGAUCUUCCAUUAUUGCUUUAAUUAUAUAGGAGUAUUGACAGGUCCAUAUUACCGCUAUCGCACAUACCUCGAUUACUUUGAGAUGCCAUUUAAAGACUAUGCACCACACAUCAACGCAACAUUAGAAAAACUCAAGUACGCUUGUCUUUAUUGUGUACUGUAUUUGGCAGCGAAUUAUAUAUGGCCACUUGAGUAUGCUUUAACAGAUGAAUUUUAUCAAGAGCGCUCAUUUAUAUAUCGUCUAAUGUAUGUAUGGCCGACAUUUUUCACCUUCCGCAUGCGUAUUUACACCGGCUUGACAUUGAGUGAAUGCGUUUGUACAAUGGCCGGUUUUGGUGCAUAUCCAGAUGAAGCGGAUGUCGCAAAUGGAGAGGGCCCACGCAAACAAUAUACGCAUUUAAGACGUGAUGCGGAAAAACGUACUUACAAUUUUACGACAAUUGUAAAUGUUCGCGUGCGUAGCGUAGAAACAUGUUGGACAUUCCGUGAGGGAAUGAGACACUGGAAUAUAUGCAUACAGUAUUGGUUAGCUAUGAAUGUUUAUAGGCUAUUCCCAAGCAAGAAGUACAGAACUAUCGUGACACUACUCUGCUCCGCCUUUUGGCAUGGUUUUCGUCCCGGCCAUUAUUUCUGUAUUAUGGGUGCACCAUUUUAUGUUGCGUUGGAGGAUGUAUGGCAUAAAUUGGUGCGCAAGGAUGCUAUUGGUUUACAACGUCAAAUUAUUGAUGUCAUCUUUUGGAUAGCGAAAUUCUUUGCAUUCAGCUAUCUUGGUAUUUCCUUCCUUUUGGCAUCGUUCACAAAUAUUUGGAAAUACUAUAAUUCAGUAUAUCAUAUUGGUUAUUUGUCGUGGUGUGUCUUUAUGAUUUUGGGUGUAAUAAUGAAAAGUAACAAACGAUCAGAGCAAAAGGAAAAAGAUAUAAAAACUGCUAAUAUAGAGAAAGAGCACUUGAAAAAAGUUGAUUAAAGCAAAUUAAAUAUAUUUUUUUUUCCAAAUAUUUAAAGCAACUAAUAGGAUAUACUGCAUAGUAUAUUAAUAGAUAUGUGCGUAUAUAUUUACAUAUGUAUGCUACCAUAUGCACACUAGACAUUAUAUUUUAUUAUGCAUGGAUAUUAACGCCAAAUUAGUUAUAUAUGUGAUUUUAUAUAAUAUACAUACAUAUAUAUAUAUAUAGACAAAUUGCCGUAUUUAGAAAAAAUUAGGGUCUCAAACGUUUCUUUAGCUUAUUGUAAAGACAAAAUAAUAUAUUUUUAAACUACCACAGCACAAAUACUUUUAGCAUUAUAUUUUAAGUUACUAUUUUACUUAUUUUUUUGUUUUUAAAUAUUUCAUAUUGUGCUUCGGUAGAUCAGCGACUUUUAAAAAUAACUAUAGCUAUUUCUUGUGAAUUUUUCAAUGAAAUUAUCGAUAUUUUGUGAUUACAAUUUUUGCGAUCUUAACAUAUAAAAAGGCUAAUUUUGGAUUAUUAGAUUAUCGAAGUGUUUUGAAAGCCUUUGAAGAAAUAUAUUUUAAUCAUGAAAACGAUUUUUUGAGAUUAUUGACGUAAUAAUGUAUUAGGAAUGCAGGAUAUUCUAUUUUUCGUAAAUUCAAAAGCACACAUUCCUGCCCAACUAGCCAAGUAGGUUUAGAGCUGGCCUUUUCGUGGCAUACCUUUCAAUUUAACGCAAAAAAAAAAAA